AUGGCGCUACGAAGAUUCUACGCAUUGGAGAGAAGGUUGAAUCAGCAUCCUGAUUUGAAGCAGCAAUACUCAGAGUUCAUGAGUGAGUACGAAGAUCUUGGACACUGCAAAGAGAUCAAUGAAUUCAACGAUCCACCACAUAUAAGCAAAUGGUACCUACCUCAUCAUGCUGUUAUUCGACCGUCAAAUACAACCACUAAGUGUCGUGUCGUAUUCGACGCUUCUGCAAAGGUGUUCGGCCUCUCCCUGAAUGAUGUCAUGAAGAUAGGUACUAUUAUUCAGAGCGACUUGCAAUCAAUCAUCCUACGCUUCCGUGAACCUCGCUAUGUUUUGACUACAGACAUAGCAAAAAUGUAUAGGCAGAUUGUUGUUGACGACUGCCACACUCCGUUGCAAAGAAUAUUCUGGCGGAAAGAUUCAUCGAGCGUCGUGCGUGUAUUGGAAUUAACAACGGUUACAUACGGCACGGCAUCUGCACCCUUUUUGGCCACAAGGGCCCUUAAGCAGCUGUCCAUCGACGAACGAGAUAAGUUUCCUAUGGCAGCGGAUAUAGUCGACAAAAAUUUCUACGUCGAUAAUGGCUUGUUUGGAUACGACGACUUAUCACAAGCACGCGAUGCGCAAAACCAAUUGAUUCACUUGCUGAAGGCCGGUGGAUUCCAUUUGCACAAAUGGUCAUCGAAUAGUUUAGAGCUGUUGGAGACCAUUCCUGAAGCGGAUCGAGAGCAGCUAGUAAGUUUUGAAGAAUCCGGAGCCAACGAAGUCAUUAAAAUGCUUGGAUUAAUGUGGAAUCCUUCAACGGACGAGCUGCUGUUCGUAUCAAUGCCCACCUGUGAUAUAGAAACGCCAACCAAACGACAAGUUUUAUCCUUGAUAGCCAGAAUGUUUGAUCCUUUGGGGUUGGUGUCUCCAGUAGUUAUCAUUGGCAAACUUCUUAUGCAGCAAACCUGGAAGGAAAACAUUGAUUGGGAUGAACAAAUUACAGGAGAGUUGUUGAAAAAUUGGAAAUACUUCCUUGUCGCUAUCGCCGGAAUCAAUCAACUGCACAUACCACGUCAAGUAUUGGUGACCAAUGCUGCAUACUUUGAGCUGCAUGGCUUUGCGGAUGCUUCUCAAGGUGCAUUAGGAGCCUGUGUCUACAUUCGAUCCGUGAUCCCUGGUCUGGAUGCCAUAGUUAAACUACUUUGUGGGAAAUCGAAGGUAGUUCCAAAGGCAGCUCUCACAAUUCCUCGCAAGGAACUUGCGGCUGCGUUACUGCUGCAUCGUCUCGUGCGAAAAAUUAUUUCUUCCUCGAAUUUGCUUUUCAGUGCAAUCGUGUUGUGGUCUGACAGCCAAGUGGUUCUCGCAUGGUUGAAGAAAAAUCCCAGCCUACUAGAAAUUUUCGUGCGAAACAGAGUAUGUGAAAUUAUCUCUACUGAGAAUGAUUUUGAAUGGAGAUACGUAAAAACUUCCGAGAAUCCAGCCGAUGUGGUUUCUCGGGGUCAAUCAGCCAUUAAGUUAGCAACGAACAAUUUAUGGUGGAGUGGUCCAUUGUUCUUGAAAAGUGAUCCUUACGAGAUUGAAACUCCUACCCAACUAUGCGAUGAUGAUAUUCCAGAAAUGAAGUGUGUUGCCGUGGUGCAUACGGUUGUGCGUUAUGAAAAAUUACCAGUUUUCCAAAAAUUUGAAUCUUUUCGUAAAUUACAAAGAGUUAUUGCAUAUGUUCUACGAUUCUGCAAGAACGCGAAGGAGAAAUCAGCGGAAACCCGUAUCCUGAAAAAAUACCCUACUAUGACCGAGAUGAACGAAUCCAUGAAGGUAAUUGUUAGAGUGAUUCAGUAUCAAGAGUUUGCAGAUGAGAUAGCCCGUUUGAAAUCAGGUGUGCAAUGCAAGAGAUUGUACAAUUUGAAUCCUGUUAUCGACGAAGAGAUGCUAAGAGUUGGCGGUCGACUUCGACAUUCCCAACUACCAUUUUCCAGCAAACACCAGUGGAUUUUACCAAAUCGCAAUAAUGUAGUUGACAGUCUAAUUAAUGCAUUUCACCGUGAGAAUCUGCAUAUAGGUCCUACCGCUCUUUUAGCAACUCUUCGGCGUCAGUUUUGGGUUCCGAAUGGUCGUUCUGCUGUGCGUAAGAUCACUCGUAGCUGUGUCCAGUGCUUUAAGACCAAACCGACAACGGUAGGCCAGUUCAUGGGUGACCCGCCAGCCAGUCGUUGUGAACGAGCACCCGCUUUUCAAAAGGUUGGACUCGAUUAUGCUGGACCUAUUCUUUUGAAGCAAGCUGGACGAAGGGCAGUUGCUGUUAAGGGGUACAUUUGUAUCUUUGUGUGUAUGGUGACCAAGGGUAUUCAUCUGGAGGCAGUCGAAAGCCUAUCAACCGAUUCAUUCAUCGCAGCGUUACACCGGUUCGUAUCCCGACGAGGAGUACCAGAGGACAUGUUCUCUGACAAUGGGACCAACUUCGUUGGUGCAAAGAACCAACUGCAUGAAUUGUACCAAAUGUUUAAACAGCAGUUAACGGAAAGGAAGCUGUUUGAAUUUUGUCAACCUAGAAAAAUUAACUGGAAAAUGAUUCCACCAAGUGCUCCUCACAUGGGGGGAAUAUGGGAGGCAGGUGUAAAGAGUGCCAAAUCCGUACUUAAAAGAGUAUGCCAUACUACUACCCUUAACAUGGUAGAGUUCUCUACACUUCUCUGUCAAAUUGAAGCUGUUCUAAACUCUCGGCCUCUUUAUGCUCAUUCCGAUGAUCCAGCUGAUCCUGAACCGCUUACUCCGGGACAUUUUAUGAUCGACCGUCCAUUAACGUCCAUACCGGAGCCAACAUAUGAAGAGAUUCCAGUGAAUAGACUUUCUCGUUGGCAAUAUGUCCAGCAACUUCGACAAAACUUUUGGAAACGAUGA